AUGAAAAACAUCUGCAAUAUUGUUGGUAUUGAUACCAAUAAUCGCAGUAUUACCAACCAUUCUGAACGAUCUACUUCAAUUACUGCUUUAUUUAGACAAAGAGUUCCAAUGGUAACGACAAUGGCAAUUACAGGUCAUAAAAGUGAAUCCUCUUAUCGAGUUUAUACAAGGCCUUCCAAAAAAGACAAAGAAGAUGCAUUAUCAAGCUUGAUUAAUAAUAUUGAGCUACCUUUGAAGCAAGAUAAUCCUUUUCGUACACCACUAAAAGAUCUCACCCAACCAAUAGAACAGCAAAAAUCCUAUAAAUAUAAUUACCAAACUGCUGAAGAUAGAAUGGAUGGAAAUGUAAUCGUAAAAAAUUAUUAUAUUACUGCAGAUAAA